AUGAUGAUAAUGAUGCGCCGUGUGAUGUGUGUGUUGGCCGUUGUGCUGUGCUGCACCUGCGGGUAUACCAUGGCGGCUGCUGCUGCUGUUGAUGGUGCUGGACAACCAAAGGCGGUGAUGGCUUUUGCUGAUUGGGGAUGGGAUUCAUCAACUGCUGAAAGACUACAGAACGAACAGAUAUUGCGAGUGGAGUGUGAAACUAACCGUUCUGCUGUUAAAGGUAAAUUAAAUUGUACGUCAGUGAGAAGAACAAGUGUUCCCAAUAAACCAGGUUCCAGUGUUAGUCUUGAACAACACGCACAACACCAAAUCCGACAAGAAAAAGGGGAAGAAGGUACAGAACUUACUCCGGGUGGCAUUCAAGCCAGUGGUUCUGUUAGUAAUGUGGGUCGUGAAGUUCAACACGGUCCUGUGGGUUCUGAGAACAACUCUGUUGGAAGCGGAGUUCAUAGAGAAAGUACGACAGACACAUCUAAUACAUCCGCACAGUCUACAUCUGCAGCAAUUUCUUCUGUGAGUCCACCUGCUAAUGACAGUCCUUCACCGAAUGCAACUCCAGAGACCAGUAAAACUUCAACAGCAUCCCCUAACGAGAAUACAGGUAGCCAGCAAUCGCCUGUAGAGGGAAGUGCGAAUGCCGCAAAUACAGCUGAUAACAGUACAUCUGCCGAUUCUAAUCUUACCCAGCAAUCUCGUGCAAAUGGUGAUCUGACUGCCACUUCAGAGUCACAAGAAACCAAUUCCACUACUCCGCCGAUCUCCGAUAACACUACCACAGUAGCACCAACCACCACUCCAUCUCCUUCACCCAACGCAGAGAUCAACACUAUUGCCUCCACUGUAAAGAACAAGGCUAAUGUUGACAGCAGUGUCACUCCUGUGUGGAUGCGCACUGCAGCACCGCUACUGAUUGUGGCUGUGUUGGUCUCCGUUACUGUGUACUGA